UUCAGGGUCCUUGGGAGUGGCAGCUCCCAGGUGUGCCUCUGCUCAGGUGGCCUUAUGGCAAACUGCCUCCUUUUACGGUCCCCGUACUAGCUAUUCAGACUUGCUUGGGGCCAGGACCAGCUGCAUGUCCUUUAUGAUGCGUUAGUCCCGUUCCAGCUGCCAUGCCUCAGUUUACCUCCGAGUGAACUGAGGGAGAAGCUUCUCCAUUUGGCCCGCAGGGCCCCACCGUGGCCGAAGGUGUCUGCAGAGCCAGAGCCGGCCGCCACUGCCACACCGCACCAUGGCGCCUACCCUGGCCACUGCCCAUCGGCGCCGCUGGUGGAUGGCCUGCACGGCUGUGUUGGAAAACCUCCUCUUCUCAGCAGUCCUCCUGGGCUGGGGCUCGCUGCUAAUCAUGCUCAAGUCGGAGGGAUUUUACUCCUACCUGUGUACGAAACCAGAGAAUGUCACCAAUGACACAGUUGGGGGCACCGCAGAGCCAGAGCAUGAGGAGGUGAGCCUGGUCAAUGGCUGGCUCAGCUGCAAGGCCCAAGAUGAGAUUCUAAAUUUGGCAUUCACCGUGGGUUCCUUCCUGCUCAGUGCCAUCACCCUGCCUCUGGGCAUCAUCAUGGACAAGUAUGGCCCAAGGAAACUCAGGCUGCUGGGCAGUGCCUGCUUUGCAGUCUCCUGCUUGCUGAUUGCAUAUGGAGCAAGUAACCCAGACUCGCUCUCUGUGCUCAUCUUCAUCGCCUUGGCUCUGAAUGGCUUUGGGGGGAUGUGUAUGACGUUCACGUCAUUAACACUGCCCAAUAUGUUUGGUGACCUUCGGUCUACGUUUAUUGCCUUGAUGAUUGGAUCCUACGCUUCCUCAGCAGUUACCUUCCCAGGAAUCAAGCUCAUCUACGAUGCUGGUGCCUCCUUCGUUGUCAUCCUGGUGGUCUGGGCUGGCUGUUCUGGCCUGGUCUUCCUCAACUGUUUCUUCAACUGGCCACUAGAACCCUUCCCAGGACCGGAGGACAUGGACUACUCGGUGAAGAUCAAGUUCAGCUGGCUGGGCUUUGACCACAAGAUCACAGGGAAGCAGUUCUACAAGCAGGUGACCACAGUGGGACGCCGCCUGAGCGUGGGCAGCUCCAUGAGGAGUGCCAAGGAGCAGGCCGCACUGCAGGAGGGUCACAAGCUGUGCCUGUCCACUGUCGACCUGGAGGUGAAGUGCCAGCCCGACGCUGCAGCGGCCCCCUCGUUCAUGCACAGUGUGUUCAGCCCCAUCCUGCUGCUUAGCCUCGUCACGAUGUGUGUCACACAGCUGCGGCUCAUCUUCUACAUGGGAGCCAUGAAUAGCAUCCUUGAGUUCUUGGUCAACGGGGACCAGAAAACAGUUGCCCUCUAUACCUCCAUCUUUGGCGCACUCCAGCUGCUCUGCCUGCUGACAGCUCCUGUCAUCGGCUACAUCAUGGAUUGGAGGCUAAAAGAGUGUGAAGAUACUUCCGAGGAGCCUGAGGAAAAAGACAACACUCAAGGUGAAAAGAAGCAGAAUCGAGACAGGCAGGUCCAGAAAGUUACUAAUGCCAUGCGGGCCUUCGCCUUUACAAACGUUCUGCUCGUGGGCUUUGGGGUGACCUGCCUCAUUCCUAAUCUGCCUCUGCAGAUCUUCUCCUUCGUCCUGCACACAGUUGUGCGAGGAUUCAUCCACUCUGCAGUAGGCGGCCUGUAUGCUGCUGUGUACCCCUCCACACAGUUCGGCAGCCUUACAGGACUGCAGUCUCUGGUCAGUGCGCUCUUUGCUCUCCUGCAGCAGCCGCUGUUUCUGGCCAUGAUGGGUCCUCUAGGAGGAGACCCUCUGUGGGUGAACGUGGGUCUGCUCGUCAUGAGCAUGCUAGGCUUCUGCCUGCCACUUUACCUGAUUUGCUACCGGCGACAGCUGGAGAGGCAGCUUCAACAGAAGAGGGAAGACAGCAAGCUGUUCCUUAAGGUCAAUGGCUCAUCCAACCGGGAAGCUUUCGUGUAGGGCCCGCCCACCGCCUCAGAGCUGUGGCCUCCUGCCUGUGCUUCAGUGACUGGCCGCUGUCAUCUCCCCGCCCCAGAGGAUCCCAUGUGCUCCCUGGAUCCUGCCUUUCAACACAUUGGAGCCCACACUUCCUCACAAAGCCUGGCCCUGCCCUGGAGUGCUGGUGUGGAAGGACAGGAGAGGGCCCAAGACAAAUGGACCUCCCACUGCCAGAAACUGGGCUGGCCCUGGCUUAGCUGUCACUCAAGGGGUUCUGGGGUCUUGAAUCUCCAUGGGGGGGCCUGUCCCUGGAGCCAAGGGGAGCCCCCAGCAAGCAGGCUGUCCCUCACUGAUCUGGAUUCUGCCCCUUGCCAAAGCAGAGGGGCCUGCCAUCCAGUCCCCACACUACCUGUCCCUGAGCUGCAUGCCCACCAACCACGCCUACCUGAGGACAAAGGCUUGCACUGUCUGCACUCCCCUGGCCUGGCUCCUUACCUCCCCUGGCCAGUCUGUGGCUGCCUGGAGGAAGGAAGGACCCGCUUCCUGUUGUUGGUGCUAACCCCUUUGUAAUCCCAGUGUCCCCCACCCCCCUACAUGACUAGUCCCUGGCCUGUCCUUUCCUUGAAGGCCUGUGGAGACAACACCCCCACCAUACCGCCCACACCCCAUCUCAGUCUGGGGAAAGGAUGGAGAACAGAAUAGUUAUACAAAGCCUCAAGAGCCACAGCAAGGCUUCUUCCCUCAGACUAGGGGAAGUACAUCUCUACUGCCACCCUUGUUCCUGCCUGCAACCUGAAGGGGACUGAGGGGACAUCACAAGGGCACCCUUCCACACACACACAGCUGUUUUUCGGGGGUGGGAAUAAGGCCAUGACUGGCAGACAUGGAGAGCCAGGCCUAAGUAGGGAAGAGGGCUAGUAAGUAACCAGGGGUGUGUGUGUGUGUGGUGUGUGUGUGUGUGGUGUGUGUGUGUGUUCAUGUGCAUAUAUGGUAGGAGAAGAACCUCAGGGUCUGCUUUUAUGAGAGUGGACCAGACCAAAGCCAGCUAGGCCUGCAGUAGGCUCAAGAUGGGAGAGUAAGCCUUGCUUUAUGAUGGGGACCUUGUGUGUGACCAUGUGGUCACAGUGCCCCCUGCUGGCAGACUAUCAGGGCACUGGGGCUGUUUGUGUGGGAGAAGCCUAGCCGGCUUGCCUGGCUCAAUAACCCACUUACUUUGACAGCCCCUAGAAACCCUGUCUGAGACCUCUUAGGGUGCGGAGAGGGGAGAAUUAGUUUUUAAGUCUAUGGUCUUUCUCUUAAGUUUUAUCAGAAUUCUUUUUAUGAAGCAAUAAAUCCAUUUUCCUCUUGGU